AUGUUUAAUGGAGAAAGCAGAAACAGAAAAAUUAAUCUGAGCGGUAAGAAACAUGUAAUUCUGAAUAAGGAUUCAUUUAUCGAAAGGGCUAAGAAAGAAAAGGAAAUUCACCUUACAUUGACUAGAAGAAAAAAUGCUUUUAAGGUUAUAAGUACAUAUGUAAGUUUUAAAAAAUGCAUUGAAAGAAGGAGAAAUGAAAUUAAUAAUUUAAUUUCGAAAAGAAUAAAUGAUGUUGUGCUGUUGGAAAACCUGGUUGCACCAAAUAUUUAUGAGCAAGCGUUAAGAAUAUGUAUCUACGAAUUUUCUAUAAGUUGCACUUUUUUGUAUUCCAAACGAAGUUGCUAUUAUUACUACAAAUGUAUGAAUUUCGACAGUCUCUACCCCCCAGUGAAAUAUUUGUUAGAUGUGCUGAAACUGUAUGAUAAGGUUGGUCAUAUAAAUGAACCCUUUUUGGAAAAAGUGAAUCAUCGGGGAGGGAAAUCCAGUCAGCAGAAUCAAGUUCAUAAGGACUAUAAUCAAGAGGAAAAGGAGAAGCAUGCCAAAACGAACGACACAUCCGUUAUGGAAUCAAUUCAUAUGGAUAAAAUGAAUGAAGACAGAUCAUGCAGAAACAACUACAGCGAAAAAGAACCAGACAAGAAGGAAGGAUAUGUUAUAAGGAAUAAAUUCCUUUACAGGCAUAAGAAAGAAAUAAAAAUUUUCCUUAACCAUUUGGAUGUCUUGUUGGGAAAUUACUAUUUGUAUAGAGAGAAUAUAUAUGGGGAGUGCCAACCCAAGUUGUCAAGUGUUCGGAGGCAAAGGGAUCAGUUCAGCCACCUAGAUGAAUCCAGAAGGAGUAGUAACCGUGGAUUAAUCAAGUCAGGCUCAGUAGAGGUAGUUGGAUCGGUCGAAGCGGAUGUAGCGAUCAAAGCGGAUGCAGCGAUGGAAUCAGAUGUAGCGAUGGAAUCAGAUGUGGCAGUGAAAGGAACAGACGACUUAGGACUGCACCUGUACCACAUGUACAACUUCAUUUUACACAAAUCCUUUUGCCACGACAUGGUGAAAAAAGUAAAAUUUCGUGAAGAACGAAAUCUGCUCAAGGACAUGAAUUGUGACGAAAGUGCAUUGGUGAUGUCUCUUCACAAAAUAAGUGAUUACAUAAUUUUAACAAUAGAAGGAAUAAUAUGUAUAUUACAAAAAAUUGUUCUGUCGUAUAGUCAUAAAGAUAUCGCUAAGAUCUCGUCGUCUAAAUUAAUGAUAUACAUAUGCGACAUUAUAUAUAUAUAUUUUUAUUCAUUGAAAAUGAAGGGACAUGAGAUAAUCAAGAAUAAAAUAGACGAUUUGAAGAGUAAGCUAAAUUUGUUACUACAGUUUGUAUGUAUGAAUUUAGAUUACAUGAAGGAAUGUCAUUCCUUGUACAUAACUUUUUUUAAAUACCCUAUUUUUGAUAUUUUUACAUGUUCCAUUGAUGUAAUGAAAGAGCUUGGAAUGCUUAAAAGCUUGCUGUUGAAAAUAAUUAAUGGUACAUAUGUAAGACAGAACGUAGAUGUAAUACGAGAUUUGGUUUACUCUAAUGACAAUCCUUACAUGCAUGUGGAGAAAUAUAAUUUGUUUAAUAAUGAAUCAUUUGAUAGGAAACACAUAUCUGGUGUUAACUUAUUUAAAAAUGUUCUUUUAUUUUCACAAAUAAAUGAAGAGUUAGUAAAAGAAAAUGUGGUGGACAUUUUGCUUGAGUCAUAUCUAUUUAUGUCACUAAAGUAUCAUCCAUAUAUUUACAAGGGGAAGUAUAAAAAUGAAAUGAACGAAAGGAUUAAUGAUAGAACCCAUGAGGUUAUCCCCUCUCCUUCGAACGAGGUUAAAACUAGCAGUAGUUCGUUACACAACUUUAGUGAUAAUGGGUUUGAGAAAAAGAAAAUUGGCUUUAGCGAAACUACAUACAGUGGUAAAUUGGUAUCACAUAAGAAAAAUGAAUUACACUCUGAUGAUCAGCAUAAAAAUGAAAUACAUUCAGAUAUUGGUUUUUAUUAUCACAAAGGUGUUAUAGAUUCCCUAAUACGUAUAUGCAAAAGGUGCCAAUUUAAAAAGUUAGAUGCAUUGCUCUUUUUUCUACUUCCAUUUAGAAGUAUACAUGAGAAUGUAUACAAUAGAUACAGGAAUUAUUAUGAGUUUAUAAAAAAUGUAAGUAACAGCACUCAGUUGUGUUCCCGUAAAAAAAAUUGUUUCUUUAGCCAAAGGAACAGCAGACAAAGAAUAAAUUUGCUUCCUCACAGUAAUAAUGAGUCCCCUUGUGGUAAUAGUUCGUAUGUAUCAAGUGAUGUAAACGUACUUAAAGGAACAGGAACUGCAAUGGGUGGAAGUCACUUUGGAGGUAGUUACGUGGGUGGAAUUUCAUCAGGUUCUAAGUUAUUCAAAGGUGUGAGCUGCACGUGGUGGAACAAUGCUCAGAGUUCAAUUUCUCCAGUUAAACAGAGCACAAGGAAUUCACUACAUUUGCAUGAGUUGAAGCAACAAGUGAUUGAUCGUAAAAGGAGCCUUUUUAGUCUGAACAACCUCCUCAGGGUAAGAAGCAAAAGAGGGAAAAGAUUUGGUACAGCUGCAGUUGCUCAGGUGAGUACUGAGGCGAGUCCAGAAGCAGAUGCAGGGAAAAUCGGAGGGAAAAUCGGAGGGAAAAUCGGAGGGAAAAUUGGAAGGCAAAUUGGAGGAACGUGGGAAGCGGAUCUUAUGAACAACACCAUACUAUUGAAGGUUAAAAGGAUUCUGAUCGAACACAACAUCCACAUUUACUUAGUGAGGGAAAUAUACCUACUAUGGUUUUACAAUUGCAAUUCUAAGGACACGCUAUUUUUCAAGUACUUGUCAUCAUUUCCAUAUUUUGAUAACACCAUUGUAUCGAUAUAUUUGUCAGCACUAUGUUUUUUGCUUCACUAUUAUGUAGUUUUGAAUAUGUGCAUCAACUUAAUAGAUAUAAAGAAUUUUAAACUAUGUAAAUCUUUUAUGGCAAGUGCAAGUUUUAAGAAAGUGUGCAAACUUUUGUUAAUGUCUUUAUGGAUAAUUCUUAAAAAUUCAGUACAUGCAAUUAACACAGAGGUUAUGAAUCAUCUAUCCAAGUAUGAGAAAAAUGAGACAAUAGAUGAAGAGGAAAACGAAGAAGCCGAAUUGGAAGAAUUUAUUGAAUCUAUGAACUAUGAAAAUGUAUACAAUGACGAAGAUGAGAAGUAUGAGAGGCAGUUGAAUAGGAAAGAAGAACGAGAAAUAGAAGAAAUUGAAAAUGUUUACUUAGUCCAUUUUCAAGUUCCUAAAGAGGAUGAUAAAAGUAACGAAGAUGUCUUACAUGGAUUUGAAUCAUUGCGUUCCUUUGUGGAGAUACCUAUUUUGUCAACCCAAGUAGGGAAGUGCCAUGAUCGAGAUGUAAUAAGGAUUUUUCAGACGGAUAAACAUGUAGAUGUACCGAUAUGUAGUGAAAAUGAUAUUUUGGAUUCUUUAGAUGAAUUAAGUAGAUGUGAAGAAUCUGCAUCUGCUUUGGGAGAUUGCUACUUGAGAACACAAAAUUUGAUGAGUUCUAAGGUGGACUCUUCAGCAAGUGAUUUGUACUAUCAUAGUGAGAUAAGCAACCAAGGUGGCAGUAGGAUUAGUCUUGGACUUGGAAAGAGAACCAGUUUUCUGAGUAAUAGAAGUAGUGAAGAGAUAUCAUGCAUGACUUCAACAUUAAUUAGCUACCUGUUGCACCACCAAGAUAGAAGGGGAUUGGGAUACAUAUUACCUCAGUUACUGAAAAAGUUGUAUAAAGUAAAUGGAUAUGUGCAUAUAUUUGAAGAAGAUUUCUUUGUGAUUAAAGAAACUUUUAGCUUAUUAAAGAAUCGAUUUAACAUUAUUGGGGAUCAGAAUAAUAGUGCAAGUAACACUAAUCACUCUAGUAGUAGCAAUGUAAUUGGUAAUAGUCAUUAUGAUGAGGAUUCAUCUUUAUUUAUCGAUAAGAACGAUUCAUAUUUAAAUAAUAACAUAAAGUAUGUGAAUGAGUUAGCUAAUUAUUUAUUGAGAUAUACCCCAUUUACUCUUCCAUUUGAUGAUCGCAUAUUGAUAUUUUACAAUAAUCGAAAUAAAUCAAAAGAUAAUAUAAGAGACGAUAGUAGAUUCCAUUUUUUAGAUGUGAAACAUCAUUUGGUAAGAAGAUCGCAUAUAGUGGAAGAUGCAUAUGUAAUGUUACAUAUGUUAGAUGCAACACAAAUAAAACAGAAUAUUAGAAUUGCUUUUAUCGAUGAAAAUGGAAAUGAAGAAAUUGGGAUAGAUGGAGGAGGGUUGUUUAAAGAAUUUCUUAUACUCCUAUGUCGAGAAAUAUUUCACGUGAACUUUUUCCUUUUUGAUUAUGUUAACAAUGAUACUUUAUAUCCAAAUAAGUUAAACCGAAAUGAUAAUUUAAAAUUGUAUGAAUUUUCAGGAAUAGUUGUUGGAAAAGCCAUAUAUGAACGCAUACUGAUAGAAUCCGUUUUUAACGAAGUAUUUUUAAGUUACCUACUGUGUGAUGAUAUCGACCUAGAUGUCGAUGUCGAUAUGAACAUCAAUGAUUUAUAUUAUAUCGAUCAGAACGUGUUUAACAGUCUCUUGUACAUUCAGAACACAACACACGUGGAAAAUCUCUCUCUAACCUUUUGCAUCUACGAGAGGAACAAACCUGAUGUAAAAGAUGUACAUCAGUAUGAGCAGAUCAUUAGCUAUUUUAAAGAAUUAGAGAAGCACAUGGCAAAUGGGUUAAGCAGCGAGAAUAACAAUCGAUUUGCUGAUGGAAGAAGUGGAGGAGGAGGAAGCAUCAGGGAAAGAAAUGGAGGAAGCCGUUUUUUUUCACAAGGCAAUGGCAGAACACAGGAAUAUGAUAAUAUCAACAAUUUUUUCAACAUCAUUGACAAUUUAGAUGCUCUUAUAAGUACGCUUGAUAGGAACUUAUCAUCAAUUUCAACUUCUCCUCUCUACGAGCACUUGCCAGAUGUUAACAGAAGAGAACGAUUAGUCCCUGCAGAUAUUUAUAACGGGAAUUUCCAGUCCUCAGAAUUUCUUUAUAGGACAAACGAAUUGAAUUUUAAUAACACUCAGAGGCGUAUGAACGUGGAUUCACACAUGCAUGCGAUGGAAUACCCACUUAGAGUGAGUAAUAAUAGAGGAACUCCUGGGGGCAGCAAUAACGGCAGCAAUAACGGCAGCAAUGAUGGAAGCAAUAGCUGCAGCAAUAAGAAGAACGGUUCGGAAAAAACUGAUGAACACACUGAUAUGGUGGAAAAGUAUGGAGAUGCAAGAGAAAAUGAAAAAGGGGUGGGAGAUGCGAGGGAAAAUGGAAUCCGAGUGGGAGAUUAUGCAAAAGACGAAGAAGAUAUAGAAUGCAUUGAUCUAAUUGAGAAUGGAAGGAACAUACUAGUAGAUGAUAGAAAUAAAAAGUUGUACAUAAAAUUGUAUAUCAAUUAUAAAUAUAAGAAAUUAAUUAAAAAAAAAAUACAGGCAUUUUUGAAAGGCUUAACUGAGUUGAUACCAAUAAAAUGGCUUAAACUGUUUAAUGCACACGAAUUGAAAACAUUAAUAUCGGGUAAUGAUAAAUGUUUUGAUGUUGAUGACUUGAAAAGAAAUGUUGUAUAUGGUGGAGGAUACAAUGAAAAUAGUCAAACAGUAAUUGACCUAUUUUAUAUUUUGAAAACAUUUUCUCCAAAAGAAAAAAGUCUUUUCCUUAUGUUUGUGACAAGUUGUUCUAGAUCACCAUUACUUGGUUUUCAAGAGCUUCAUCCCAAGUUUUGUAUUUUCCGUGUUCUUGAUUAUACAAGGUUACCCACUGCUUCUACUUGUGUGAAUUUAUUGAAACUUCCAGAUUAUUCUUCCAGACAAAUUCUGUACAAAAAUUUGCUUACGGCUAUACAUGGUACUCAAGGUUUUGACCUAAGCUAG